AUGGCGCCCGUCCUACGCCGUGAUAACUCAGCCCUAAACCACGGAUAUACCGCCGAACAACAAGCCCACGCUAUCGAGGCUCUCUGGGCUCUCUCGGGUAUUCUCAUCCUAUCUAAGUUCCAGGAGAAGAAGAUGAGGAAGCAGGCAUCCUGGAAACGGAAGCAGGCCAAGAAGGUCGACAAGGGUAAACAGUUGGAGGUUCCCGCCCCUGCUCACCUGGCGGGUACCGAAAUGGCUUAUCCGGAGAUCUCGCAUGCUGAUCGAAUCACUGCUGACUUGACUCCGGAGUAUUUGGCGAAGUCGGCUACUCUCGUCGGUGCUACUUAG